CAUUGUGGGCACCCAACGCGUAGCAGCACAAACAACAACAAUACACACAAUGAGGACAACAGCUGUUGCAUUGGUGUUGGUGGUGGGGGCGCGUUUCAAAUCAACACACACACACACACGCGCUCUCGCACCCAACGCGAAGUCAGCGCAACAAUAACAAGCAGCAAUGGGUUGCAAUACGAUGGAUGGAUGGAUAGACAGAGAGACAAAGUAUGUCAGCUCAGCAGCGCUGGGGCACAAUGAGUGGCAGUUGAUGUUGGCGAGAAAAGGAGCGCGCGAAAUUUGUUUGAAACUGUCAUAAAUCUUACGAGCUGUGAUGGAACGCUGACUCGCUGUUGACUCGGCGCCGACGAGCGACUAGCAACGAGACGUGCGCGCUCGUACAAUGGUUGACGAAGACGAACCAGAUUUGAAGAAAAGGCAAAUGAAAGAUGCAUAUAAGGGAGGAGUACGAAUAGCAGGGGGAGUGACGGCAUCGCCAAAAGAGUAAAGAUACAUGAGCACCUAUGAGGCAUAUACUAUAUGUAUGUGUAUAUGUAUGUAUGUUAUACAUAUGAAUAUGUACACCAAUAUGCAUGGAAAUGUUAAUAUGCACGUGUGGAAGGUGUGUGAAAAGUCUGAAAAUAUGCAAGGGUUGAGUACAAAAGAACAAACAUUCAAAACCAUAUUCGCAACGAGCCACCCAGCAAUGCACGUAUGAAUAAAAUUUAACUUAUCUGUCGGAGGUGCACGCGCGAGAUGGAAACAUUUCAAAAAUCAAGAGCAACAAAGCGAGUUUGCAAAACAACAAAAUUAGAAAUUGAUAAAAAAAAAUAAUCAAACAAAAAAAAAACAAGCAUACAAAAAUGAUGGAGGUUGGAGGUAGCAUUAAGCGCUUCAAUUGGAUGCUUCACCAUUAGAGCAAGAGAACACACACGAGACUACGUUGGCGCAGCGUUCUCACUCAUGCCAAUUACGGUUGCAAAUUUGUGUGCAAAAGCAAAUAAGCAAAAUAGCAACAAUACAACAAUAAGCAGCAUAAAGCAGCAGUGAGCCGGUGAACAGACAGACAACGCGCAAGGUUGUGCAUUUCGUCAGCGGCAUGUCAAAAGUGCAAUCGUUCAUAGAGAUGAACCGAGCGCGCGCUCUCACCGCACAUACCAACACACAAUCAAAGUGUGCACUUCGAACAACGCUCUCCCCUCACACAAAAUGCGGUUAUAUACGAGUGGUAACCGCGUGCAAAGCUCUAUUUGAUGGACAAGAUGAAAUUGAUGAGCAAAUUAAUUUACUGAGUGACGCAUGCUGAGCGCGUGAGCGCUUCUGCAGCGGGGAAAGAACAAUAGCUGUAUAUAAGAGCGCGCUAGCAUGAGUUGGUGAGCAUGGAGACUGCGCAUGUGACAAGAAGAAUAAAUUUCACGUCUGCUUGUUGUUACAUGUUGAGCACGCUGUAACCAAAAUACCAACUCUCUUCAAUGCACUGCAAAAUGUUACGUUACUAACUCUUCUCUUAAUAUUGCGGUUUACCAACCAUGUUUAUGAGCGCGUUCAUAUGUUUAUUUGCGUGUGUGCGUGUAGGGGAGCUCGCCCAGAGUAUUGGUACGUCGGUCAGUCAAUUGGUAUUGCAGUGAGCGAUCAUGUCAAAUGUAUGGAGCUGUCAGUGGCGGCAGGCGCAGUCAGCGACGCACCAUUCGUGAGAGUAGAGUGUGUCGAUUUUUUUGUUGCUGUGUUGUGUCGUGAAGUGCCGUCGUCGUGUUGCCAUUUUGUGAGACGUAUUUGAAAGUGCUUGUCCGAAAAAUGUUCAAAUGCCGUCGCUAUAUCAACAUACGGAAGAUAAAUUACGGUAAUUUGCUAAAGUUGCAUUCGCAAUGCGGUAAAUGAUAUUGGAAAGAAGGCAGGCCAUUCGGAUGUCAAGCUUCAUGCGCCAGCAGCAACAACAACAACAAGUAACUCUACAAAUGUGAAUUUUGCAGCGAGUUGAAGUGAACACUAAAGACUGAUAAAUGCAAAUUUAACUAAAAAAUAAUAAUAAAUAAAAAUAAAUAAAUAAAAUUAGGAAAACUGUACUGAAGCGCCGCGCGUGGAGGACGUAAAAAGCGGAAGGCAGCAGCAGAGAAACGCCUCCAAAAGCUAGUAAUAGAAAUAAAAUUAAAAAGCAAAAAUAAGAAAAUAAAAAUAAAAAUAAAAACUACAACAAAACUGCAAAACCUGUUCAACAAAGUAUACGUAAAUGCAACAACAAUAAUAAAAAAACAAAAAUAAAAAUAUUAACAGCUAAUUAAGUAAAAUUUAUUUUCGAGUCAAAGAAAAUUUCAAAUUAAUUAAAAAUAGUGCAAAAAUAUUUAUGAAAAAAAUAUUGGAGAAAAAAACACAAAAAAUCAUAUAAUUAAAAUUUGCUCAUUAAACGCAAAACUCAGCGACGUUUGAAGGCAAAAACAAAACCUAAAUGUAGUAUACAAAAACAAACCUUAAAACACAAACAACCAACCCAAUGUAUACGAAUCAAUGCAAUUAAUUAAUUUAAUUAAAUAAAAAUAUUAAAAAAUUUACCUAAAACUACCUAAGCUAAUUAAAAUCUACACUUACUACAACAACAAAUAACGUUUUGUAGAAAAAAAAACUAUUUUAAAUACAUUAAAGAAAAAAUUUAAACAAAAAAAUUUGCGUAAAAAUUAAAAUUUUAAGCAUAUUAUAUUUCUUAACUUUAAAAACACAAAAAAAAAACAAAUACACAAACAAAAAAUUAACUAAAAAAAAUUAAGCAAAUAACAAAUAUUACAAAGAAAAUAACUCGAAAAUCAAAAGCGUAUACGUUUAAAGUGAAAUAAGCGGCUAAACAAAAAAUAAAUAGCUCACACAAAUAAAUACAACUACAAAUUUAAUAACACUCCAAAAAAUACACUUACAACAAAAAAUUCAAAAAUCAAAAUCAUAGACGAAAAACAAAAUUAUUUGCGUACUGUUUAGUGAUUAAAAAAAUUAGAAAUCAAUUAAAAUCAGUUGAGUAACUAAAGGCCAGCACAUAUACAGAUAACAACAAAAACAAAACAAAAAAAAACAAUUUUCGAAUCAACAACCCCUCCACGAAAUUCUCCGCCAAGAGCCAAAUUGUUAAAUUUCAAGUAUUGAAAAGUAAAAAAAAAAAUCCAAACCGAAGAAAAAAUAAACCUUAAGUUGAAAAGCAAAUUUUGCCAACAAGCGAAAAAUCAGUGUUUUCCGGCAUAAAAUUUGUCUUCAAUAUACCGCCAAAAUUCAGCAAAAUAUAAAAAUGUUGCACGAAGCGCUCAUGCUUGAGAUAUACCGGCAGGCGCUAAAUGCUGGCGCUUUGCCGACAGCACGUCCACGUUCCACAGAGUCGGCCAACUCAAGCGAGCGUUGCCCUUCGCACGAUUCCAACUCUUCGGAGAAUGGUCGCGAAAGCCGGGAAAUGACCAACGCCGCCGCUAACGCUGCCGCAGCUGCUGCUGCGAACGCCGGCAUGCUUCCCUUGCCACCAUCAAUGGCCGCUACAUUCCCAGCUGUACCUCAAAAUUUACCCGCACAGCCACCUUCGAUGGAGGCAUAUCUGCAAAUGGUCGCCGCCGCCGCUCAGCAAUAUGGCUUUCCAUUGGGUGCAGCCGCUGCAGCAGCUGCCGGCCCACGUUUUCAGCUACCUUUGCCCACAGAUGCGCCAGCUCCAUUCAAACUACCACCACAAGCAUCACCCACCGCUUCGAGCAACAAUUCAGAGGCGCUAGAUUUUCGCACAAAUCUGUUUGGACGUACCGCUUCUGCGGACCGCGCACCAUCCGAAGAAGAGGAAGACGACGAAGAAGCUAACGAUGCUAAUAAUCCACUUGAUUUAUCGGUUGGCACGCGUAAGCGUUCAGCAGAUGGCGAUCAUGAACCCGACUCCACCAUCGGACAAAUUCAUGUGAAGAAAAUAUUCAAAACCGAUAGCCCACCACUGGUGCCACCACCGACGGUGGCAGCCGCACCCCUGUUGCCCGCAGUCAAUCCAUAUUUGGCAGCAGUUGCAGCAGCAAAUAUUUUCCGUACCGGUCAGUUUCCCGAUUGGAAUGGCAAGAAUGAUUUGGUAAUCGAUCCGUUGGAAAAAAUGUCCGAUAUUGUAAAGGGGCCGCGCAAGGAGAAGUCUUCACGCUCAUCAGCGAGCAAUACACCCACAGCGCAGUCUGUUGCAGGGCAACCGCCUACUUCUGGCCCUUCUGCAAGCACACCAAAUUCGACCAAUACAACACUAACCGCCUCCACGGAGGGCAUGUCUAAGGCGCGACACAAUAUCUGGCAGUCGCACUGGCAAAAUAAAGGUGUGGCCAGCUCGGUAUUCCGUUGCGUGUGGUGCAAGCAGAGUUUCUCCACACUAGAAGCGCUCACCACGCACAUGAAGGAUAGCAAGCACUGUGGCGUGAAUGUGCCGCCAUUCGGUAAUCUGCCCAACACUGAUCGUCACCAUCAACCACCGCCACCGCAGUCGAGCGGAUCCCAACAUUCGCACAACUUGCGCAAGCCACCGGGAAGUGGUGGUGGCGGCUCGCAAUCCAACUCGUCUUCCCAACCAUCAGCGGCGGCUAAGAACGCCUUCCAAUAUCGUGGCGAUCCACCAACACCAUUGCCGCGCAAGCUGGUGCGUGGACAAAAUGUAUGGCUGGGCAAAGGCGUGGAGCAGGCCAUGCAGAUAUUGAAAUGCAUGCGUUGCGGUGAAAGUUUCCGUUCGCUCGGCGAGAUGACCAAACACAUGCAGGAGACUCAACAUUACACAAACAUUUUGUCACAAGAACAAACGAUCUCAAUGAAAUCCUCCGGCGGCGGUGAUGCGAAGGAUGGUCAGAACAGCUUGAGCUCCGAAGAGAGCCGCACACUGAGCGCCGUGCUAACGUGCAAAGUGUGUGAUAAGGCAUUCAAUUCGCUGGGCGAUCUCAGUAAUCAUAUGGCUAAGAAUAAUCAUUACGCCGAGCCGUUGAUGCAAUCUAUGUCAGGUGGUGCUGGCAGUCGCAAACGCCCGGCACCUAAGAAGCGCGAGAAGUCGUUGCCAGUGAGGAAGCUGCUCGAGAUGAAGGGUGCGCAAAACGAAGCGGAGAGCAUGGAGGCCAAGAUGCAGCGUAGUUAUGAAAAUACCAAGCGCAUGCCACUCGAGGGCACCGGUAUCGGGCCGGGCAAUGACAAAUCGGAUGCGGCAUUAUUCGCCGAACGCAUGCGCCAAUACAUAACGGGUGUCAAGGCGGACGACGAAGCGGCCAAGUCUGCUCUGAGCUUAGGUGGUUUAAUGAACAAAACUAAGUCACCAGAUUUGGAGCCGAAAAAUGGCACCACAAAGUCCACGGCGGGCUCAUCAUCAGUGCUCAGCGCCAUCGAGCAGAUGUUCACUACUAGUUUUGAUACGCCACCACGCCAUGCCAGCUUGCCGGCCACCAGUCCAUCAAAUUCGUCGACCAAGAAUACCUCGCCCGUAGCUUCGAGCAUAUUGAAGCGUCUGGGUAUCGACGAAACUGUAGACUACAAUAAACCAUUGAUAGACACCUCAGAUCCCUACUAUCAGCAUUAUCGUUACACGAGCAGCGAACGCAGCGGCAGCGAGUGUAGUGCCGAAACACAUGUCGAGGCUAGAAAAAUGGAUGUAUCCACACCGGAGAAGAUGCAGCCAAUUGAGAUGGUGAGCAUGGAACAGAAACAAACUGAAAUGAAAAGAGAGUUGGAGGCACUCAAACAAAAAUCAGCGCAUGCAAAUGUUUUGAUGGAACAAGCGCCACAAAUCAAAAUGGAGAUCAAGUCUGAGAUUGAAGAUGAGGAGCGUGGCGAUGAGAGCCCACAAAAUGGUGCCGAUGGCAAUGAGAAAGCACAGCAUGUCGCUAAUGGUGCUGAUUUUUCAAUAACCAAUAACAACAACAAUAAUAAUAACAACAAGGAGCGCAGCAUUUCACCACCCAAGUCAGUUGGUCCCGUUAGCCCUGUAUUGAACAAGGUGUUAACACCACGCAGUCCCACCGACAGUCAUCGUUCGGCUACACCCCGAUCGCCAGCAUCCAGUAUCAAGUCAUACGAUGGUGAGAAGAAAUAUCCGAGCGAUUCGCUAAAUGCACUCUCCUCCAUGUUUGAUUCGCUUGGCAGCUCCAGCAACACCACCACGCCCAAUAGUCGCACACAAGCAUCAGCAAUGCCGUCGUCGUUAAGCAAUAAAAUCGAUUCACCCGAAAAUCUCACCACAUCCAAUUCGCUUGCUGCUUUACGUCAAUUUUGCAUAAAAAAAGAGAAAACCGCUUAAAUCGCAGCCUUUUGUUUUUCGUCUCGCGAGAAAGAAACAGAUUUCAAAAAUUUUUUGUUUGCCACCUGACGCCCUGGGUGUUGGGCUUUUUUGUGUACGAGUGGCGCGCUCGACGCGCGCAUGCUGUGGACGCGUCGUGUCCGAAUGCAUUUUAUAAGCCGCACUCCGCCGCACAGGGCUUUGUGAGAUGCGGACGCCGGAUUAAAAAAAAAAAAAGUAAAAAUCAAAAAAAAAAAAAAAAA